GGUAGUUAGGAAGUCGUAGUGGGGCUGGGAUUAGUUUAAACCCUCGGGACCGUGGGCACUGGGCCGCCGGGGCUGCUGUGGCCCGGGCGAGCGGAGAACGCGGGCUUCUGGGACAGCGCGGGGAAGACCCGAAGUGUACUCUUUUGUGCUGGCGUCGCCCCGCCUCUGGGUAGGGCCCGCCCCCGCCCCCGGCACCUGGAACUCCGGGGCGCUCCGCUGGGCGGCCCUGCCGUCCCACGUCGGUAUCGGAAGCCUGGGAGGAGCGGGGUUGCGGGCUCGGAGACAACAACGUCCGCCAGGGUCUUCCCGACCCUCUACCAGGCUGCCCGAACGCUGACGUGUAACAACCAGUUGUGAAUCCUCAUGGAGAAGUUUGGGAUGAGUUUCGGGGGCGGACCCAGCAAAAAGGACCUGCUGGAGACCAUUGAGACCCAGAAGAAGCAGCUCAACCAGUACCAGGCACGUCUCAAGGAUGUGGUCCGCGCCUAUAAAAGCCUACUGAAAGAGAAAGAGGCUCUAGAGGCCAGCAUCAAGGUGCUGUCGGUAUCCCAUGAGGCAGAUGUGGGCCUCGCAGGUGUCCAGCCUCCAGGCCUCACCUGUCCUGACGCCGUGGAUGAUCGAUACUCCACUCACAGCGAGGAUAGCACUGGGACCGCCACCAGCUUGGAUACCACAGCCAGUCUUACUAGCACCAAGAGUGAGGCUGGGGCAGAAGAUGACCGACUGGCCCGUGGACCACCACCUCUCAAGUCCGAAGAGGCCAGUGGUUCGGAAAGUGGUGUUAGCAGUAGCAGUGGGGAUGGACCAUCUGCAGGUGGGGAGGUGGACAAAAGACUGCACCAGCUGAAGACCCAGUUGGCUACUUUGACUAGCUCUUUGGCUACAGUUACCCAGGAGAAGUCCCGCAUGGAAGCUUCUUACCUGGCUGACAAGAAGAAGAUGAAACAGGACUUAGAAGAUGCCAGUAAAAAGGCAGAGGAUGAGAGGGGCCGUCUAGAGGGGGAAUUGAAGGAGCUGCAGGAGCAGGUAGCAGAAACCAAAGCUCGACUUAUAACCCAACAGCAUGAUCGGGCCCAAGAGCAGAGUGACCAUGCCUUGAUGCUGCGUGAGCUCCAGAAACUGCUGCAGGAGGAGAGAACCCAGCGCCAAAACUUGGAGCUUCAGUUAGAAGAGACUCGAGAAGCCCUGGCCGGGCAGACAUAUGCUGCUGGUCAGAUGGAAGGGUUUGAACUACAGACUAAACAGCUGACCCAGGAGGUGGAGGAGCUCAAAGGUGAGCUGCAGGCUCUUCGAGGUGAGAAGAAUCGGCCAGACCCCCGGCUGCAGGAGCUCCAGGAAGAGGCUGCCUGCCUUAAGAGCCAUUUCCAGGCUCAGUUGCAGCAGGAAAUGAGGAAGACAGCCCUUGUAGAGGAUCAACUCCGCCAGCAAUCUCAGCUGGAAGAGCAGAGGGUGGCAGCCCUGGAGAAUCAAAUCUCCGAGGUGUCGGAACUGCUGGGCACCUACGAGAAAGCCAAGCAGAAGGAUCAGCUGGCCAUCCAGAAGCUGAAGGAGCGCAUUUUGCAGCUGGACCUGGAGAAUAAGACGCUAGCCCUUGCAGUCUCCAGUCGGUCCCCUCUAGAUAGCCACGCAGAAGAGUCCAAUCUGGAUGUCAAUGUCCUGAAGGAUAAGAUGGAAAAGCUGAAGAGGCUACUGCAAGUGGCAGCCAGGAAAAGCCAGGUGACCUUGGAUGUAGAGAAGCUUUGCGACCUGGAGAUUAUGCCCAGCUCUGAGGCUGCCGAUGGGGAGAAGGCAACUGCGCUUUACUACCAACAGGAGUUGAAACAGCUGAAGGAAGAGUUUGAGAGGUACAAGAUGAGGGCCCAGGUUGUCCUCAAGAGCAAGAACACCAAAGACGGUAACCUGGCCAAGGAGCUGGAGGAAGCCCAGGAACAGCUUGCAGAGCUGAAGGAGAAGUAUAUCUCCCUGCGGCUGUCCUGUGACGAGCUCGAGCGCCAGCACCAGCAGGAGGCUGAGGACUGGAAGCAGGAGCUGGCCCGGCUGCAGCAUCACCACCGGCAGGAGCUGGAGCGGAGCCAGCUGGACUUCAGGGACCGCACACUGAAACUGGAGGAGGAGUUGCACAAGCAGCGGGACCGUGCCCUGGCCGUGCUGGCCGAGAAGGACUUGGAGCUAGAGCAACUGCGGUCUUUGGCCUUGUCUUCUGUGCUGCCUGGACGCAGAAGCCCUGUCGGUGGUGGGGGUCCUGGGGACCCAGUUGACACAGCUUCCCCAGAUAAUCUGACCCAAGCACUUGAACUUGCUGCGGCCAAUGAGCCCACUUUCUUCCUGUAUGCUGAGCAGUUGGCCCGCAAGGAGGUGGAAAUCACAUUGCUGAGGAAGCAGAAACACAGGCUGGAGGUGGAGGUGCAUCAGCUGCAGGAGCGGCUGCUGGAGGAGGAGGAGCGGCAUCGAGAGGAGGUUGGAGUCCUGCAGAGCCACAUUGAGAAGAACAUCAGGGACCAGAGUAGGGAGGGAGCCAACCUGGAGUACCUCAAAAAUAUCAUCUACCGCUUUCUGACCUUGCCUGACAGCCUGGGCCGCCAGCAGACACUCACAGCCAUCCUGACUAUCUUGCAUUUCAGUCCAGAGGAGAAACAAGUAAUAAUGCAGCUCCCACCCGGUGGUAGCUGGUGGCUUUCUGGCAAGAGAUGAUGCCAUUUUCACUAAUUCCUGAAAUAUCCGUGCCUCUUAUGUGGGAAGGGACAGGCUUUGGUUUCUACUGCCUCUUCUCUUACCUUAUCAUUGUUUUCCCUUAUUUUAUUGAACUGGGAGGAGUCUUCAAAGUGGAGUGGAAUUUUCUGCCAAAUACCAUUAAUUCCACUUAAUCUUUGUGCCCUAGAGAUGCCGGAAGUGUUGGGACAACAUUUUAUGGUAGGGUAUGUGUGUGAGGAGGAAUAGGGGGAGAGGUAAGGAUUGAGAAGUGCAAACGCUGGGGAAGUGGUGAGAAUAUUUGGAAAUAAGACUUUGUUGGUUUUAAUAUUAUGCUUCUAGUGGAGAACUAGGAGUAAGUGUGACUCCAACAGGAGCUCAGGUAAUUUCUAAUUAUGCACAAGGACCAGCAGUUUUCUUCACCGUCACAACCUGAGUCUGGUCCACUGCUGCCCCAAUUAUCUGGGGACACAAAUCCAGGCUGGAGAGGGACCAGGAACUUUGAAAUAGUGACAGGAUUGUCCACCAGUCCAAAGGGCCAAGAAACAGUGAGUUCAUCCUAGAACUGGGAAGCUUGGUCUAGUUAGGGCUGGAUUCAACCUAAUCAAUCUGGACAAAACACACCACUUUUGACCAGUUUGAUUUUGGGGAUUUCCUGAUGACCUGCUUUGAGCCUGGGUAGGGUUAUGAUAGACCUUGCACACUUGUCCCUGCCUUAACCAGCCUGCCUAAGGUUGGCCUGAGAUUGUGAGUGAGUGACUGCUUUCUGUUCUUCAGUGUUGAACUUCCACUAAGAAAAUAAAAAAUCCUAGCUUCUUACAGAGAGAAGUUCUAUUGGUAAGCUCUGAUCCUGCCUGGAGGCAAGGAACUAGCUCAGAGAUUUAUAGGGAAAAGGAGGAAGAUUUGCCAUAGAAGAUUCCAGAAGAUUGCUGGGACCCUCACAGGAAAGUGGUGGAAGUUCAACCGAGGCUGAGCUGGGGUACUUGCUGCUCUGUGGAUGGCAUUCUGGCUACGUCCUCACAUCUCUACAAGCCAAGUGUUCAUGGGUUACUGUCACCAGGGUAAUUUGCCCACUCCUUAGGGAGGUAAUAUAGUUUUAGUCCACAGCCCUCAUCUGCCCACUGGUGUUACUAUAACUUUUCCUCCUUCUGUAGGGUUUCUUACAUUUGGUGUUACAUAAGUAGAUUCAUUCUGCCUAUAACGGAGGGACUCAGAAAAGUCGGGUUCAGACAGUAUCAGUCUCUCUGUUCCUUGCCCCCAUCUGCGCUUUCUGGUUUUAGAAAUCUUUGGACCCUAAAGACCAGUGCUUUGCCACUCACUGCACUAGUCUGUCUUUCUGUUAUUUCAACAUAGAGCGCUGUUUUAUGAGGGUUUGGGGUACAGAAGGCUCUGACUAAAUGUUCCGAUUGGGAAGCAGGGUGGCCCGGGCUAUCUACAAACUGCAAACAGUGCAUGGACUUAAUGGAACAGAAGUGAUGAUGUGUUCAAAUGUUAAUAACAUAAACCAUGGAUUUAUUAA